AUGGCAUUCAUGGUCGGCCGCGCGCAUGUCGCCGUCGCGGACGGAAGCGCCGACGUCGGCAGGGCUCCGCCGCGCCCGCGCGUGAUAGUAGUCGAACGGUCAGGGAAAUACUUGCUGUGGCUACAGGUAGGGCAUAAAUACUGCCAACAGAUAUGUGCAAAAGGGCAGAUGAAGAAGAGUAAGAAUAUAAGUGUGUCCAAGUAUCCUUUAAGGGUUGUUGAGACCAGACAUCUUGCCAAGGAAGAAUGGAAUUUCCUUGCUGAAAGCCUGGCCAUUACGAUCGACCACGACGAGGUCGUUGGCAUGAGGGGCGGAGGAGGGGCCGGAGACAAGCCUCCGGCCAACGGCAUGCACGGCGGCGCGGCGCACGGUGCUUCCGGCGGUGUCAAGGCCAAGUCUACCUUCCUCUACGGCAUCCUCCUCUACGUCGUCCUGCCCGUGCUAUUCAUGUACAUGGUCAUCGUGGCAAUCUCGCCGAUCUACAACCCGCGGUGCUCGCCGGAGGGCGCCGGCGCCAUGGUGCAUUUCGUGGUGGCCAACCCGAACGCCUCGUCGAACAGCUCGACGCUGUCCCCACCGCCGCCGAUGGUGUCGGCGGACGAGGCGCCCACGGGGCUGCGGCACAUCGUGUUCGGCAUCGGCGCGUCGUCGGCGCUGUGGGAGAGCCGGAAGGAGUACAUCAAGCUGUGGUGGCGGCCGGGGCGGAUGCGCGGGUUCGUGUGGAUGGACAAGCCCGUGGACGAGUUCUACUCCAAGAGCUCGCGCACGGGGCUCCCGGCGAUCAUGGUGAGCUCGGACACGUCCAAGUUUCCCUACACGCACGGCGCGGGAAGCCGGUCUGCGCUGCGGAUCUCCCGCAUCGUGUCCGAGAGCUACCGCCUGGGCCUCCCGGGGGUCCGGUGGUUCGUGAUGGGGGACGAUGACACGGUGUUCCUCCCGGAGAACCUGGUCCACGUGCUGUCCCGGUACGACCACACGCAGCCGUACUACAUCGGGUCGCCGUCGGAGAGCCACAUCCAGAACCUCAUCUUCUCGUACGGCAUGGCGUUCGGCGGCGGCGGGUUCGCCAUCAGCCGCGCGCUGGCGGAGGAGCUGGCGAAGAUGCAGGACGGGUGCCUGCACCGGUACCCGGCGCUGUACGGCAGCGACGACCGCAUCCACGCGUGCAUGUCGGAGCUGGGCGUGCCGCUGACGCGACACCCGGGGUUCCACCAGUGCGACCUGUGGGGCGACGUGCUGGGCCUGCUGGGCGCGCACCCGGUGGCGCCGCUGGUGACGCUGCACCACCUGGACUUCCUGGAGCCGGUGUUCCCGGCGACGCCGUCGCGGGCGGGGGCGCUGCGGAAGCUGUUCGACGGGCCCGUGCGGCUGGACUCGGCGGCGGUGGCGCAGCAGUCGGUGUGCUACGACCCGGAGCAGCAGUGGACGGUGUCGGUGUCGUGGGGGUUCGCGGUGAUGGUGGUGCGCGGGGUGCUGUCGCCGCGGGAGAUGGAGACGCCGGUGCGGUCCUUCCUCAACUGGUACCGCCGCGCCGACUACACGGCCUACUCCUUCAACACGCGGCCCGUGGCGCGGCAGCCGUGCCAGAAGCCCCACGUCUACUACAUGCGCGAGUCAAGGAUGGACCGGCGCCGGAACGAGACGGUGACGGAGUACGAGCGCCACCGCGUGAAGCAGCCGCCGUGCCGGUGGCGCAUCGCCGACCCCGCCGCGCUCCUUGACCACAUCGUCGUCCACAAGAAGCCUGACCCCGACCUCUGGAAAAGGUCUCCAAGGAGGAAUUGCUGCAAGGUGUUGUCGUCGCCGAAGAAGGGGAUUGACCGGUCGAUGACCAUCAACGUCGGCAUGUGCAGGGAGGGCGAGUUCGCCAAGGUUUAAUUAACUGGCAGGAAUUAGUGAGAUCUGUUAAACGGGAGAGGAGGGGAGGAGAUACCGAGAUAGCGGCGGCGGGAGAGGUCCAUUCGUGCGGUGGAGGAGCACGGCCG